CCGAGCCGGUGAAACGUGUUCCGUGUACGCUCCUCGCAGCGAAACUUUAAUCGCACUCGAUUCGUAAAAAGUGGUGUUACAAUCAGUUCUCAGUUCUGUAUACUUUCAUUUUGUUUGACAGUUUUGUGUUAUUGUUUAUUUGUGACUCUUCACAUUGGAGGUGUACAGUUUAUUUUCAAUACGGCCGUCUGUUUACGAAUUGCGGCUGAAAAACACACGCGCCGGUUAUAAUGUGAGCGGCGAACGACGAGGCGCGUCUUCCCUCAAGGUGUUUGCGAUGUGGUACACGUGGAUUACGUUACUGCUGGUGUGCGCACUGGUGCAGGCGAAUGUACCGGGGGAAGCCGGGCCGGCGACGGAAGUGACUGGUCAAGUUGUGGAUGUAACUGGCCGGGUUGCUGAUGAGGCCGGCCCGCUUGAAAAUGUAGCUCGUUCGAAUGAGGAUACAACCGGCAAACUUGCCAAUGCCGAUGCAGUAAAGACCGAGGAAACUACAAAUGUACCUGAUCUGGCUGCCAAAGCCGGUCCAGUUGGACUAGACAUCAACCCGGUCACAGAAGUACCUAUACCCGUGGCCACUACUCGUGCUCAGCCACGCACCCUUGACCGACAAGCCGCAGAACUCGCCUGGCGCACUUGGCUUCAAAGCCCUGAAAGUGGCAAUCCUAAUGGACCUCCAAGAAGAAUCACUACUAAAUCACUAUUUAUCACGCCUUUAGUUUGCUCGAAAGGCCAAAGGCUCGAUAGGAAUGGAUGUGUACAGACAGUGACAGUCAACAAGGACGAACAUGAACGCAUUUUACUGGAACAGUUAAAUGCUUUGUUUAUGAACUCCACACCUUCUAAUAACGGUGACGUACUCUAUGACUACGGCGAAGAGGAACCCGGCCCUCUUCAACUCUCUAUACCAAUUGGACUGGAUCCAUCUACGCAGAACCGCGAUACCAAUCCACUCAAUAUCGAUAAAAAAGAAGAAAACAUGCUAAACGAUGCUAGUAGCAUCGAAGCUGAGUUAGAACUUCUAAAACUACAACAAGCACAAGGCCGCCUUAAUGACACUGGAGCUGAUAAUACAAAUAUUUUAUCACACAAUGUCUUAAACAACUUACUUUAUUCCGACAAACCAAAACGAGAUAGUCCAAUGGUCAAUUCGAAUGAAACCAGUAGCCAAGAACUACCCGACGAUGGACAAAAGGAAUUAGUUUAUGGUCAUGUUAAUGUAGAUCCGGUUCUUUAUGACACUGAUAGCCAAAAUGAAGAUUCUAAUAUUUCAAAUCAACCAAUCAAAAAAGAUUCUUCCGACACUGUAAAUGGCACUGCUGUUGACGCUCAUAAUGAAACGAAAAUAUCGGAUGAACAAAUGAGCAUGCCUUCGCUUUCAUCUAAAGAUGAAGAUGAAACUAAACUUAACCCAGAAAACGACUACUCGGAUAUUGGGGAGGCAAUUAAGUUGAUCAGUAGAUAUGCCGAAGUGUCAACUGAUGAUAAUUUUUCAAAAAAUGACAACAAAUUUAGAAAUUCGGACGACUCUAUACUAGGUACUCGCACGAAACUACAAUACCGCCGUAAUAAGCUAAAAGAUUCUGUAAUUUUGAAAGAUGUUCCGUCUAAUUCGCCUGCAUCAGACUCACUACUUGUACAAACAAGUCUUCAUGGUAGACCUGGCGUUCUUUAUAGGUAUCCAAACGAAAAUGUAUCACCACCGGCAAAUUAUCCUUUUAAACGUUUGCAAGACUAUUGGCCAGGAAGAAACCAGGUUGGAGGUGUUUACAAUAACAUACAUCAAAAUCCAAAACGGCACCAUCAUUCAUAUCCUCAUUAUUUCCGGCCUCGUGGCUAUCCCGUUGACUAUCCUGAUGUACAUUCUCGUAUUGUGUACCCAGGCUUUCAACAUUAUCCGCAUAAAAUAUUACAACACAGUGCUAGUCCCGUCAGAUCUCAAUAUAACGACCAGGAUAUAUACAGUCUUCUGGGUCUAAGACAUUGGUUUAGCAGCGAAGGCGCUUCAAAGAGAUAGUUUGUUUUCUUGUACAUUAGACAAUUCGAUGUUACCCGACGACAUAUAUGGGAAGCUAUGGAAGUAGAUAAUGUUUACUUGCAUAUUGAUACUAUUAAAAUAAUCGAUUUUAGCAUUAAACCGUAUUAUUUUUGCCAUAGCUUUCGAUAUAUUAUCCUAUUUAUUUUAAAGCCAAAUAUUAAAGUCAUAAUUAUAUUUAAGUUAUGUUAGCUAUUUUAAGUUCUUGUAAAUACUUUGAGCACGUAAACGUUUUAAUUUGCUACUGAUUUGUUUAGUAUUAUCGUUGUUUUGUAUUAUGUAAAUUGUUGUAUUAAUAAUCACUAAUUUAUUAUUAUUUGGUGUAUAUUUUUGUUGUUGUGAAUUAUAUAAUUGUAGAUAUGCAAAAGGAUACUUUUACGGUCAGUCGGUAACUAUAUUAUUUCAUGUGCAAUCAAUUCGUAAGCUUGAUUUUCUUUCCAAAGUAUAUAAUACGACAGACCGAAAACGAUAAAGAUUGGAAUUGGCACAGGCUUGCCUAUUUUUUAAGAUAAAUUUUUAAAUUAUGUUACUCGUACUUACUUAUACUGUAGAUAUAUUUGAGGACUUGUAUUUUAUAGUUCUUUGUAGUCUGCGCAGUAAAUAAUAUUCUCUCAUCAGUAUAAAAUCAGACCCACCAGACAAAUAUUUAAGGCAUGACCAUGACAAUACCUUUGAUUUAAAAUCCUUUAAAAUUCGCAGAAUACAAAAAAUAUUAAUUAAACUAUUAUAUUUUAUAACCAGAGAAUAUAUUUUCCAACUUUUAGACAUUUUGCUUAAUUCCCAAUAGCUUGCAGGUUUUUCUGGAAUAUGGUCAAAUUCAAUUACUAAUUUUUUAUUCAUAGAGAGCUGUAAGAUUACAAAAUUUGAACCACUUACGUCAUAAAAUAUGCGUAUUGCGUAUGCUUUAUCAAAAUUAUUCAAUUAUAAUAUAUUGAAAGCCGAACUACCCACAUAACGAACCCACCAAAGUUUAGUAUAAGUGUAUAGAUUAUUUAAAGUUCUACAAAAAAAAUUUAGUUCUAUAUUUUUCAUAAAUGUGUAUUUUUCUACUAAAUUUAUGUACAAUCAAAAAUAUAGCAACUACACUAUUCUCGUAUAAAUUAUUAUUGGAGUUUUUAUAAAUAUUAUGUAUGAGAUACCUUGCCACAUUGUUGUUACAAUCAUUUUUUUAUCACAUCCAUUAUGUUUCUAAUAAAUUAUACCUGAAUUAAACUGUCAAAAAAUAAGUUAACAUAUUGUUGCAACCAACUCUAAAAGAACCUAGCAGUUUAUAUAAAGGGAUUGGAUUUCCCUUACUCAAUUAAAUAAUAAUUGCUCCUCAACAUUAAUUGCAUUUUUAUUUGGUUUUGGAGAAAAUUUUAUUUUAAUUUAUUAAAAUGUCAAAUUAAAUAUUCAGUAAUAUAUUUGAGCAAAACCAGUGUUAGCUUACAUUAAUAGAUGCAAUGCAACUAUUUACUUUACAUUAAGUUUAUAACUUACUCUCAUUUGUUCAGUUUGCAAGUGAAAAUUUCGCGAAAAACUUUCUCCGUGACUUUCUCUCAUUACAAAAUAUUCGUAAUACUCUUAUAUUUAUCUAAACUGUACUGUACAAAUGCUAGGCCUAAGGUUUUAUAGUUAAAAUAACUGUUUGAAUAACAUACUUAAGAUUAUUAAUUUACGUUUCUCUUGUCUGUAACGCGCUUAACUCCCGCAAAUUUAGACAAUUAUCAUUGCCAGUAUUUUAUUGUAAAUAUGAAUGUGUUAUAUUAAAAUGAUCAAAAGAUAAAUUAA